UCAGUAUAAAAAGCCUCCAAGGUCCUUCCGGAGUCUCCAUGUCCAUCGGGUUUUAUCUCCUAGAUAUAUUCUGUAAUAUUCUUCUUUUCUUGGCUUCGAAUUUCAUCUCCAACUUUAUCCGAUACUUCUUGCAUCCCUCAAACCUUUCAGCAAAUGAAGAAAGUGAUCUUGACAGUGCAAGUGCAUGAUGAGAAAGCAAAGCAAAAGGCCCUGAUGGCAGUUUCUGGUCUUCAAGGUGUUGAUUCAAUCUCCAUGGACAUGAAGGACAAGAAAUUGACGGUGAUCGGGAAUAUCGAUCCGGUUACUAUAGUAAGCAAGCUGAGGAAGCACUACAGCACAGAAAUAGUCUCUGUUGGACCAGCAAAAGAGCCCGAGAAGAAGAAGGAAGAACCGAAGAAAGAAGAGCCUAAGAAAGAUGAGAAAAAGAAGGACGAGGCGGCUGAGCUUGUGAAGCUCUACCAAGCUUAUAAUCCUUACAUGACCCAACACUAUUAUGUAAGAAGCGUAGAGGAGGAUCCUAACGGUUGUGUCAUUUGUUAAUUCUUAGAUCUCAUAAGAAUUAUAUUCAACAUA